CUACCUUAACUAUAAGGUUUUUAAUCAUUUUUGUUUGGGAAAGUCGUGGAUGUAGCUGCGUUUUCAGAAACCAACGAAAAUGUUAAAGACUGAAUUGUUAUUCAUAGCUGUAUUUGGGGUAGUUUUCGUCAUUGGACAAUCUUUCAUAGACGUUGAUGAUGAUGAUACAAGAAUAGUUGGUGGUGAAGCGGUAGUCAAUAGAUCAUAUUUUCCUUUUCAGGUUUCAGUAAGAAAUGCAUCAAGGAAUCGACACUUCUGUGGAGGAACAAUUAUCGCUGAAAGGGUAGUGUUGUGUGCCGCUCACUGCUUUACUAAUAGAGAUACGUCUCCCGGUGCAAUUGCUGUAGUUGCUGGUGAUUUAUACAUUUUUGAAGAGACAAACGAUACCGUCGUUCGUUAUAACAAAAAUGUUAUUGUCCAUGAACAAUAUAAUAGGACCAGUAACGAAAACGACAUAUCCCUUAUUAUUUUUUAGCUUCAGGAUGCGCUUAACUGGAGCGUUAAUAUCUUGCCGGCAGAACCCGCAAUGGUGUCACCUGACCCAGGAACCAAUUGCAC